GAGGGCGGGGAGGGAAAGGGUGAGAAAGCAAGCGGGGCUAGCUCGUCCUAGCCGUGCGAUCGAUCAGCAGAUCUGUGCUCGACUCUCGGCCGUACCGGCAUCGGCAUCGGCACGAGGGCGGCACCCAUCAAGCCGUCCAGAACCCAUCACCCAGGCCUCGCUUCGCCCGCCUUACUCUCUCUCCCUUGCCUUCCGUUGUUUGACGGCCGUGCUGUACGACACUGCUGCCCGCCGGAAGCGACGACGGCGGCCAAGGGAAGCAAGCACAUGCAUGCAACCUUGGAGAGAGGGGAGGGGAGGGGGGGGGGUCUGGUAUUCUAAGAGGUUUUGAUAUCGAGCCUUUGGGAGGGAGAAGGGGCGGGUAACCUGAGAGAGACCAAAGCGCAAGGAACGGUUUGGAGUGAAGGAGGGAGAGAGGGAGGAAGAGGGAGAAGGAGAAAGCUCAACGUCCUCAGAUUGACAUUGACUCCGUCGGAGGAAUGAAAGAGGGUUGUUGAGCUGGAAAGUGGGGGGCGAGAUUGGAGAGGGUGAGAGAAGGGAGUAACAGCGGUUGGGCAGGUCAGUGAUGACAGUGAUGCUGAGAGCGGAAACAGGGUAUGGCUCGGGCGGACUGGGUGGAUGAGAUCGAGAUUUGACGGCUAUGGUGGGAAGGGGAAAGGGAUACGCGAGGGGAAGGGGAGCGCGGGUUUUAUGUAGUGGUCGGCUUGAGGGGACAAAGUGGAGAGGAGGAGGGAAAGGGGAGGAGGAAGAGUCUUGGAGACGUCAUUGUAACUGUCUCUGAACUUCCUUGUGGCGGCGGGGGCGGAUUACCUCCGUGGGGUCGCUGUAGGUGUCCGUCUCGGUUGAAAGAGAACUCUGCGGUUGGGGAAAAGAGAUGUAACGGCAGCCGACCUCGUGGAAGUUCUUCUUGAAGCAAAGCCUAGAAGCUGCAGACGAAGAAGAAAGUAUUGUUGGUUGCUUGAUAAUUAUAAGGGAAUUGAUUGACCCAGGCGAGAUGAAUAACAAUUACGCGCCUUGAACCCUCACACCCCCUGCGUGGUCUCAUCCACCUCUACCCUAGGUUUAGCUUAGACUCGAUUAUCAGUUCUCCUCCACCGCACCCGCGGCAUUCCGCAAUUAUUGGGGUUCAACGUGUUGCCCGAAGGCGGGAGAGCAUUCUACAGGGGAAUGCGACAUAUCCGGUUUCAAGUCAAGGUGGUUGCUUCUCUUCUACGAAGGGAGUGAGAGAGGGACGCGUGGUGAGAACACCGUUGCCCUGGCUUCGUGUUUCUAUCAGUCACACAGAGAGAGAGAGAGAGAGAGAGAGAGAGAGAGAGAGAGAGAGAGAGAGAGAGAGAGAGAGAGAGCGCUUGAACUCGACCUGCUUCCUACAUUGUGGAAGGUGAUGUCGUGCGAAUGAGGGAACCUGUGAAGUCGGGAUCCUGAUCUCAAUCACAGAUUAUCAUGUCGGAGUAUCCGGCAUCGUGAUUGGUCCUACAUGAUGCUCUGACAGUCGGUAUCUCGACUCUGAGCACGUUUCUGGAUUUGCAGCGGACUGUUGGUCGGGAGAAGAGAUUGUUGUGGAAAUAGGAACUAUGCGUUCAGAGCGAAAUGCAACAAAUGCAGUCAGGCGAAGGAGAUGUCUGUAAUGCCAGGCAAUGGGGGACUGGUAGGAAUGAUGGGCGGCAUGGGCGGCAUGAGUGGCAUGGGAGGCAUGGGCGGCAUGGGCGGAGUGGGUGGAAUGGGCGGCAUGUCUGGCAUGUCGGGAAUGUCGGGAAUGUCGGGCAUGUCUGGAAUGAACAGCUCUGGAUCGAUGGGACUCAACAACCCUUACACUCUCCCCUUCCUCUUAGGGAGCGGAAAUUUCCGCAUAGGCGACUGGAUCUGUAACUGCGGUUAUCACAACUACUCCUCGAGAACAACGUGCAAAAAGUGCAACAGUGAGCGACCACCACCUGAUCUUUCUUCUUCAUUGACUGAAGGGACAGCAGCCGGUAUGAAACGGCCGGCGACAGAAGGACUGGAAGAUGAUGGCGUUGGGAAGAGACAAAACACUGGAGUUGAUGACGCGCAUCAGCAGCAAUGGCUUAGUCAUAUGGGCGCAGCCAACGGGAGUCAAUAUAUGAUGUCAAUGGGAGGAAUGCCCCUCUCCGCUUUCACGUUGGGGGGAGGACUUGGCCUUGGAGCAAAAGGGCCAGUCUGGAGAGAAGGUGAUUGGAUCUGUGCGGGAUGCAACAACCACAACUAUGCUUCCCGUGCUGUUUGCAAUAGAUGUGGCCAUCAAAAGAUGCAGACUGACCAAGCUGCUGUGACAGCGGCUGCAAUUGCUGCAGCCCAAGCGGCUGCUGCGGCAGCUGCCGCUGACAAAGCGGUUACCGCGUGAAAGGGUGACCCUCAAUAGGAGCUGGGCACAUCUCCAUAGGGGUUGAUCCUCAAUAGGUGCAGGAGUCGUCGUGGUUAAGCAUGGGCGGCGAGCUUGAGGGAGCGGGAGCACGGCGUGCAUUCAAGACAUCGUCUGAGUGUGAAAGAUGCUGAGCAGGAGCGGCAGAGUCGUAGCGUUCUGCCCGUGUGUGUGUGUGUGUGCGUGUGUGUGUGUGUGUGUGUGUGGAGGAUGUGCACAGUGUGCAUGCAAGCUACACUUGUGAUCGAACGGGAGGGACAUCCUCAAUAGGUGCAGGAGUCGUCGUGGUUAAGCAUGGGCGGCGUGCUUGAGGGAGCGGGAGUACAGUAUGCAUUCAAGACAUCGUCUGAGUGUGAAAGAUGCUGAGCAGGGGCGGCAGAGUCGUAGCGUUCUGCCUCUGUGUGUGUGUGUGUGUGUGUGUGUGUGUGUGUGUGUGCGUGCGUGUUCGUUUGUGGAGGAUGUGCACAGUGUGCACGCAAGCUAUACUUGUGAUCGAACGGGAGGGGGACAAGGCGAGUGGCAGGAGAGGGGAGGGCAGGGGCGCCAGUGGUCAACACCGCCGGUGCAGAGUAUCGAGCACUAUCUGAUGACAUUCCGUAAACGAGACUGCUUAGGACUGCCUGUUUCUUGUCUCCUUUCUUUUUUUGUUUUUUUGUUUUUUUCCUUCGUCGUUUUUUUUUUUGUUUUUUUUGGCCAGUGCCAGAACCAGUCGUCGGGUCUUAUAUCUGUCAAUGGACACAAUGUGGGGGCAUGGUGGUGGACGAGGAGUGACAGUUUUCCGGUAUUUACGUUUUGCCGGCCUUUGGCAGUGAAUUUAGCUUGAGAGGUCCUGGGGCCAGGUACUCCGCGUCGUCCUCCUCGCCGCAUUCCUGAGAAAAAAAAGGUAAUUGUAGCUGUGGUGUUUGUUGCGACUCCAGCUGUGGCGCACAAGCGGCGUGACGUGGGCGCGUUGAAGUCGUGCUUGUUUCUUGUGCUUCCUUUCGUUAGAGCCGUUUGAUUGUUCCAUCGGACGUGUUCUGGUUCUGUGACUCCAAUCAAACAUCUUUCGACAAUACGACGGUGCUUGGGAUGGAUGCAAGCAAUUCUGUUCGAGGGCAGGGAUUCCAAAUUUUGCUUAUAGGUUAGGACUCAGGAGCGAAUUCAUCUCUGCGAGAUGCAUGGUGCUUUAGUCGAUCUAACGAUCCCCCUUAUCUUCGGCCUGCGAGCACUGACAAUUUGCACACACGUCAGUGAGACCUCCUUUACCUAGGCAGAGCUUGAGCCUGUCACAUCUGCACUCUACCCACUCUGUGUGUAGGUAGGUUCAAUUUCAAUGGCUGCUUGUGGGAAGGAAACAAAGCUGAUUGAUGAUGGCAUAAGCAAAUGGCAGCCAUAUGCUAUGGUACUUUUUCUUGGGACUAUUCUGGGAUGGCUUGAAUAUUUCUCAGGGGAACUUGCUCUCACAUUCCUUAACCAAAUGAGCCCUCCUCUGUUGGCGAUACAGACACACGCGGCCAUAGAUCCUGCACCCGGCUCUGUGAGGUCUCAUCUGCUGAGGCGCUACGAAAUUUACUAGCGCACAAAGUUGCGGCCUGAUUACGUCUCCUUUGUACUCAGGCUGUUGUCUGACUUUUCAUCUUCACCUCAGGUCGUUUAGCCGUCACUAUCAGAUAGAUCCCCUGCAUGUAUGGACUGAACACGCAAUGGGGAGGGGAAGCGUGUGUGUGUCUGUGUGUGUGUGUGUGUGUGUGAGAGAGAGAGAGAGAGAGAGAGAGAGAGAGAGAGAGAGAGAGAGAGAGAGAGAGAGAAAUUCUCACACGGAAGAGUGGCAAAGAGAGUACGAGCAAGAUUGCAGCUGCAUUGAGUGUGUGUGUGUGUGUGUGCCUGUGUAUGCAAUGGUGUGUGUGUGUGUGUGUGUCAUGCGUGCUGUGGUGUAUGUGUGCCUAUGUCGAGUGCUCUGUCGGUGUUCUGUUUUCUGGAAGACGUAGGUUGGUGAAGCAACAUUCCAAUUCACAUUUUGGCCUCCUACCGUGGGUGACAGCAAUUGAAGAAGAGCUGGAGUUUGUGAUUGGGAUAGCAAGUGCGUGGAGGUGCAACAUUGAUGGAGAGGGAGGAUGGGGAGAGGUAGAGAGGAGGAGAUAGAGAUAGGCGAUUGGAGGGAAGAAGAUUCACAGUCCUCUUCCAAUUUGCAGAUGGGUGUGGCGUGUCGAGUUAGAGACAAAGAAGAAAGGCGAAGGUAUGGUGCAGGCAAAAGUUUUCGCUCAACCUUCGAGAUUCGUACUCUACAAGUUCUGAAGUCGGUGGUACCUUUUGAUUUGGCCUUCUCUCUAGAUUUGUUCAUUUUUAAAAGAUGCUCGCUUGUCCCUCGCCCGUUCUCGUUGGCUUUUUUUGGUGACUGUAUCUUUUAGAGGGGCGCCUCAAUUCUCUUGCGCACCUCCAUGGGCUGUGACAGUAUCUUUUAGAGGGGCAAUUGGCGCAUAUGUUAUGGAAGAGAGAGAGAGAGAGAGAGAGAGACGAGGUUGGAGCAAGAAUGGCAGCUAUGUGGUGUGGAAGGAUGGAUUGGGGAAGGGGGGGGAGAUGAAACAUCAUAAAGGUAGAGGGGGGAGUUGGUUGCUUAUGUCGCAAUUGGACCCUCAACUCAAACAGGGUUUCAGGUUAAGGCAGCUUUUUUUGUCGUGAAAGAACGUGAAGAGUAUCCAUAUUUUCAGGUUUAGGGGUCUUUAGUUAAGAAGCUUUUAGGGGGAAGGGGCAACAACUUAGGCCUGGCAUUCUGACUUAUAUACGGGAGCGAGAAUCAUGUAUAUUGCAGCAUGUUCGCAGAUUCGGACCUGCAAUGACGAAAGACUUGAAACCCUUCUCUCUCUCUCUCUCUCUCUCUCUCUCUCUGUGUGUGUGUGUGUGUGUUGUGGUCCUGCCGUCCCUGGUUCCCAUGUCUCUCUAUUUACUUCGAUUUUAUACGUGCAAACAGAUGGGUUCAAGUGAUGACCCCGAAGGUGCGACUCUGCCAGUUGGAUCGCUAACUGCGGCUGUCUGCAUCUCCUUGUUUUGCGAUGUCACGUGUGUGGCUGGAAUGAUCAUUUGAACUCUUUUAAGCCCACUUGCU